UGUGAGUCACUGGUCUGUCUGCCAUAUAGGUUCCACUUGAGGCCCUCUGUCCUCUGUCUAACUGUUCCUCCGCUGGUUCUGCGGAUCUUUCCGUGCGGCCCGCAUGCGCAUGUAUGUCACUGUAUGCGCAUGACCGGCUACCGCACAUACUACAACCGCCCGGACAUCACUGCCCGGCAUAUUGUCUUGUCCUCUCACGCCCGGGGAGAUAACGCCCCGGCCGUGCCGAUGCUGUGCGCGUCACCGCGCCAGCGCAGACUGCGCCACGUCAGGCUGGUUCUGCGUCGACAGAGCUGAUGUGUGCUGUGCACACCUCGCCUCCCCCCUCGUCUCUCACUUCUCUUUCCCUUUCCCUCUCUUCCCAGAGACCACCACUGGCUCUUCCUAGAGAAACUACUCUGUCCCGCUGUCUGUCACCAGCGGUCCCCACCGAUCGCUCCGGAAGUCUCCUCUGUCCCUACAGUUGAGAGAAGGUUCAACCCCUUCCAUCGGUCCGAGGUAGCCCACACUCUUAUUGGCGUCAGCUCCAGGUUAGCCUGCUGUCCUCCUCAGACCAUGACUUCCGCCGACGACCUCGCCAACCAGCUGUCAUUGUCCAAUUUAGCCAACAACGGCGAAUUGCCUACGGAUCAACCCGGCGAACUCUCCGUCCCACCUGUCGCCGAAGCCCGAGAUACUCCGCCCACCAGCGGAGGCCACGUCGAGGCCAAGGGCUUCGACCCACCGUCACCACCCCCACCCAACGUCCAGGACCUCGUCAUCACCACGUCUCCUCCUCCGUCCGUAGCGUCCACCGCUGCGCCCUCCGUCGGCGCUCCGUCCGCCUCCUCUUCGUCCACGGACCUCACCUCCACGCUCUCCAAGAUCCAGUCGGUCGUGGACAGGCACCUCGACCUGGUCACCGAUGGUCGCCUGGAGCAGCUGCCCGACCACGUAGUGCAGCUGAUGGACAGGAUGUUCGAACACCACCGCCAGAACCGAGGACGCACUCCGGCGUUCCAGUCGGGAUCCUCGUCCGGGGGUGGCUCGUCCUCGUCCGGGGGCAAGGCGCCUCGCCACGGCAACCACCGCGGCGGUGGUGGCAACUCCCGUCGUCCCGUCCGCAAGGAGCGCCCCAGGUGCACCCACCCCACGUGCGACAAGCCCCUGGGGCACACGACCGCAACAUGCUUCCAGAAGAAGCGUGAAGAAGCGGCAACCGAGCGCAACCGGCGGCGCAACCAGCCGACGGCCAAGCGUCCGUGCGCGGAAGACCGCACGCCUCGCAGCAAAGAUGCGAGCACCGAUGAUGACGAGUAGGGGUGCCCAGCUAGCGUAGCGCCUGCGGUAGUAGGGUCGUCUCCUGCAGUUGGCAGGAAAGGCGCGAAGAGAAAACUCUCCGCGUCAGUAGCUGUCGGUACACCUGCUUUUGUUGUGCCCCGUGUCCCUGUCCGUAACGGUAGUUACGUAGUGCCUAGAGUACGUCGUCGUCCUCAUGGUACUGAGAGAAAGCUUUUAGGUCUCACUGCUUUGUCUGAAUUUCGUGUCCCCUCCCCGGUGCUUGAUGCCGAAGAGGUAGAGCCUCUGCCAUCGUCGCGUAAACGUCCUGCGUGUGAUAGUAGAAGCGCUGUGUCUUCAACUCCCUUGAGUGUGCCCAUCUGUAGCCGCGACGGCGAUGUCGCCCCGCAGAAACGAGUCACUUUUGCUGAAGUUGAAUCUGAGUCCGCCUCCAUGCCCGAUGAUGCUGUGAAGGAAGGGAACAUGUUCCCUGUGGAUGAAAAAAAUAAUUCAGACGAUGUGUGGUACAACUCAAGGAUGGCGCACAAACCCAAUCUUU